AUGGCGGCGGCGGCCGAGGCGGGCGCGGGUCUGCGGCUGCCGCCGCACGCGGCCGCGGGCCCGGUGCUGCGCACGGUGGAGAUGCACACGGGCGGCGAGCCGCUGCGCAUCCUGCUGCAGCCGGAGGAGGAGGAGGCGGCGGCGGCGGCCGGGGGCGCGCUGCUGGCGCUGCGGCGGCGCAUGGCGGCGUCGCGGGACCACGUGCGGCGGGCGCUGAUGCACGAGCCGCGGGGCCACGGCGGCAUGUACGGCGCCGUGGUGGCGCGCGGCGAGGCGGCGGCCGGCGCCGACCUGGCGGCGCUCUUCCUCCACGGCGCCGGCUACAGCGCCAUGUGCGGCCACGCCGUGCUGGCCCUGGGCCGCUUCGCCCUCGACUACGGGCUGGUGGCGGCGCCGCGGCGCCCCGAGACCGCCGUGCGCCUCCGCUGCCCCUGCGGGCCCGUCACCGCCUUCGUGCCCUGGGACGGGCGCCGCAGCGGCAACCCCGUCCGCUUCCACAGCGUGCCCGCCUUCGCCGCCGCUACCGACCUGGCCGUCGACGUCCCUGGUCGUGGCAAGGUGGUGGUCGACAUCGGCUACGGCGGCACUUUCUACGCGUUUCUCGAUGCUCGGCAGCUGGGCCUGGAUGUCUGCUCAUCCAAGACCAGAGACCUCGUUGACGCAGCGAGCGCAGUGACGGAAGCGGUGAAGAAACAGUUCAAGCCUCAUCAUCCUGAAAGUGAAGACCUGUCUUUCCUGUACGGCACCAUACUAACAGAUGGGAAAGAUGCCUUUAGCGAGGAACCCACCACCAACAUUUGUGUGUUUGCGGAUGAACAGGUCGACCGAAGUCCAACAGGUUCAGGUGUGACAGCUCGCAUUGCCUUGCAGUAUCAUAAGGGACUUAUCCAGCUGAAUCAGACCAGAACCUUUAGGAGCAGUACCACCGGGUCGUUGUUCACAGGAAAGGCAGUGAAGGAGGCCAGGUCUGGGGACUACAGUGCCGUUGUAGUGGAAGUCUCUGGAGAAGCCUUUUACACUGGUACAGCCACCUUCACUGUUGAAGAGGAGGACCAGCUGAAAUAUGGGUUUUUCUUCAAGUGACCUAAGCCCGUGGCAAAUUCUCGCUGAUGGUGCUGCACUUCUGCCCGUACAUUUCUGUAGGCUCUGCUUCUUCACGCAGCUCACUGCAAUAAUCAGGAGCAACAAGAAUAGCCCUUGGUGGUAUGACAGCAUUUACAGUGUUUCAGGAUGACAAGCCACCUUCCUCUGUUGUGAUCAUUAUCUCCGAAUGCGAGUCCAGGGCUGCUCUGAGAGGUCAUAUCUUUUCUUUUAAUAAUUACUCACAGAAGAUGGAGCUGAGCUUGGACAUCUGUCUUCAAUAUAUGUGCCUUUUUAAAAAAUAUCUGUGAAUUAUUAAUAUCUAAAUCAGAUUCCUAUUAAAUGCUAGCUGAAAAUAC